ACGGAUAAGCCUGGAUGAUGACACCAACAGAGCAUGCUGAUACAGUAUAGAUGAACCCGCUCGGCACAGUACUGUGUUGCCAUGGCAACACUGUAAGGCCUUUCGACAAGUCAGGCGGGUCAGGAAAAAGAGUUGUGAUAUUGCUGGGAUGGCAGAAAGAAGGGGAGGCAAUUUUUGAAGGUGAACUUUGUUCCUCUCUUUCCUUUUCAAUCAAUGCUACAGUGUUGGACCCUGGUCCUACAUGUCAUGGUGAAGGAUGAAAGUAAACUCAAGGACAAAGGUUGAUAUGUCUGACUCCUACUGUUUCCACAAAGGAGUGGAUGCCCAGUGCUGGGCUGGCAGACAGGAGCAGAGGACACUGGUUGUCUGGCUGCAGUGGUUCAACUGCUGGUACAGUAUGGUGUAGGAUAAAGAACUUAAACCUCCACAGCUAUGAUGAGCCUGCUUAUGUGUUUAUGUUGUGUGCUACUGGACCUCACAGCAGUCCACAGCCAUGUGCUCAUGCAGGGCCGUAUAGUAGGUGGUCACACCGCCGCACCAAACUCCAUCAAAUACAUAGUGUCACUGCAGAGCACCCGGGGACAACAUUUCUGCGGUGGAUCACUGGUUCACAGGUACUGGGUGCUGACAGCAGCGCACUGUAACAUCGGGGCAGAGCACAUGAUGAUAGUGGCGGGCGACUACAUUGUUAAUACCUUCGAGGGUACUGAGCAAUACGCUAAACCCCACAGGCUGGUCACCCAUCCCCACUACAACAGAAGCACCAACAAUGCUGACAUCAUGCUCAUUAAGUUGCGGGCCCCCAUGGUGCUGAACAAAUACGUGUCGCUGGCGCCUCUCCCCAGGCAAGGGACAGGAGUGUUUGAAGGCUUGGUGUGUCGGGUGUCCGGGUGGGGCUACAACAAUCUAGGUGGAGGCCAGGCCCCCUUCACCCUGAGGACGGUCACAGUACCCAUUGUUUCAUCUGCAAGGUGUAACAGCAGCGAAUCCUUUAAUGGAAACAUCACGGCAAACAUGAUCUGUGCUGGCUACAGGACUGGAGGAAAAGAUGCAUGCAAGGGAGACUCUGGCGGGCCACUUGUGUGUAGGGGGUCUGUCCACGGCGUGGUCUCCUGGGGCAACGGCUGCGGUGAUGCUAAGUUUCCAGGAGUGUACACGGCCGUGUCCAAAUUCCGCCGGUGGAUAGACCAAACCAUCUACUGGUCAUAUCUACGCUGCACCAAAUACUGAUGAAAAUAAUGAUGCAACUAAGACCAUGAAAGCAGAAAAAAUUGUCAUUCCCCUGAAAAUGUUUGUGCUGGCAUGGACCAAAGGUGGUUCUGUGGGAAAUAUGCAGAGCUUCCCCUGACUCACGGCUCUAAUUAUUCUGAUAAUGUUACCAAUAUAAUAUAAUGGUGAUGCAUCUCAUAUUCUCAAAUUAUCUAGCUGUAGCUGGUUUCUGCCUGCUACAGUCAUCGUAAUAUCCACUACAGUGGGCACCUUUUAAGGCUUCUGUAUAUGUAAUCCAGUGAUGUCAAGUUCAUAACUUGUAAAAAAUACUA